AUGGGUUAUGUCUCCAGAAGGACGAAUACCAUGAAGGAAGAUUGUGCCCUCGUCCAGACGUUGCGUGCCGCAGGUGCAGUCUUUUUCUGUAAGACCACCAUGCCUCAAUCCGGCAUGACAUUGGAAACAGUCAGCAAUCUAUGGGGUCGCACGACGAACCCAUUCAACAGGGACUUGGUCGCGGGCGGUAGCUCGGGAGGAGAUGCUGUAUUGGUAGCUUUAAAGGGCAGUCCUAUCGCUCCUUCCACGGACAUGGGAGGCUCCAUCCAGGUGCCAGCGGCAUUUAAUGGGCUGUAUGGUAUCCGGCCUACUUCCGACCGCAUACCUAAAGGUGGUAUGCGUAACACUAAAACUGGUAACAUCACGAUCAAACUCUCUUGCGGCCCAGUAUGCAACUCUUUAGAUGACCUCCUGUUAUUUACACGAAUUAUCAACGCAUAUCCAAACAACCGGCAUGAUGUGACUUCCGUGCCUGUGCCGUGGAGAGAGCUUGAUCCUUUACCUCGCAAGCUCACAAUAGGGAUAAUGACUUGGGAUGGUGUAGUUAUGCCUCAUCCACCAGUAUUACGAGCCAUAGACUACACUAAGCAGGUCCUUGAGAAGGCAGGGCAUGAAGUCAUAGCAUUCGAACCUCCAUUUGAUUGUUGGGAUGCAAAGCAAACCACGUUCGAUAUUUACUACCAGUCAGGGUCUAUUGGAACGAAAUCGACACUGGCUGCUUCGGGAGAGCCCCUCAUACCAGCUUUCGCUGAUCUACUCAGGAUUUUCAACCCCCGAGAAAGGUCUGCUGCCGAGGCACUGAAUUUGAAUCUGAAAACAAGAGCCCUCAAAGAACGAUUUGCAGAGAGUUGGGAUGGCACCGCUAGCCGCACGGCUUCGGGUCGAGUGAUUGAUGCUUUGGUCAUGCCCUCAUCCCCUGCAGUUGGCUAUCCCCAUGACUUUAACAUAUACUGGGGGUACACUUCUUUGCUCAAUUUGAUCGACUAUCCUUCUGUGAUUUUGCCCAUUACCAAUUUCAGGGUGGAUACCCAACUGGAUCCCGUGGAUCACAGCUACCAACCGCUGAAAACCAACCCUUAUGAUAGACCAAACUAUGAGUUGUAUCGGCCCGAGUCGUUCACAAACCAACCGUCAACCAUCCAGAUCGUUGGGCGUCCAUUCGAGGACGAGGAAGCUAUUCGUGCAGCUUUCAUUCUAGAUGAUCUAUUUAAGGGGCAAUAG